CUGCCCCUCCUUGUCGUCUCUGCAGGAAGACCCCACCCUACCUGGCCCAUGGCAGCCCGAAGGAGCUUCUGAUUCCCAGCCCCUCCCUCCCCGGGCCAGCCCUCCUAGUGGCAUGAUGCCCAACGCCACUGGGCCAGACGACGUCAGCGGCAGUGGGUCCUCCCUGCCUCCUACUACAGCUGCCGCUGCUGCUGCCGCCGCCGCUGCCGCCGCCGCCUCCACCUCCAUCAAACUGGUUCUCUUGGGGGCCAUCAUCUGUGUCAGCUUGGUGGGCAACGCCCUCCUGUCACUGUUGGUCCUCAGGGAGCGGGCCCUGCACAAGGCCCCAUACUACUUCCUGCUGGACCUGUGCCUGGCUGACGGCGUGAGGGCUGCCGUCUGCUUCCCCUUUGUGCUGGCCUCCAUUCGGCAUGGCUCAGCCUGGACCUACAGCGCGCUCAGCUGCAAGGUGGUGGCUUUCAUGGCCGUGCUCUUCUGCUUCCACGCCGCCUUUAUGCUCUUCUGUAUCAGUGUCACCCGCUACAUGGCUGUGGCUCACCACCGCUUCUAUGCCAAGCGCAUGACCCUCUGGACCAGUGCAGCGGUCAUUUGCAUGGCCUGGACCCUCUCUGUGGCCAUGGCCUUCCCACCUGUUUUUGAUGUGGGCACCUACAAGUUCAUCCGCGAGGAGGACCAGUGCAUCUUUGAACACCGCUACUUCAAGGCCAACGACACACUGGGUUUCAUGCUCAUGCUGGCUGCCCUCAUGGCCGCCACCCAUGCUGUGUACGGGAAGCUGCUUCUCUUUGAGUACCGCCACCGCAAGAUGCGCCCUGUCCAGACUGUCCCAGCAGUCAGUCAGAACUGGACGUUUCAUGGGCCUGGUGCCACUGGCCAGGCUGCCGCAAACUGGAUAGCUGGCUUUGGCCGAGGCCCCCUGCCUCCCACCCUGCUAGGCAUCCGGCAGGCGACUGGAGGGGGAGGAGGCCACACAGCUAGCCGGCGCCUCCUAGGCAUGGAGGAGUUCCGGGGGGAGAAGGAGCUAGGCCGCAUGUUUUACGCCAUCACUCUGCUAUUCCUGCUGCUUUGGUCUCCCUAUAUUGUGGCCUGCUAUUGGCGGGUUUUUGUGAAGGCCUGUGCUGUGCCUCACCGAUACCUAGCCACUGCCGUCUGGAUGAGCUUUACACAGGCUGGGGUCAACCCCAUCGUCUGCUUCCUCCUCAACAAGGACCUCAAGAAGUGCCUGAGGACUCAUGCCCCUUGCUGGGGGGCUGGAGGUCCCCAGGCCCCUCGGGAGCCUUACUGUGUCAUGUAAAAACAGACCAGCAGAUAUGGGGAGGAGGAGUAAAAGGGAAAAGAGGAUGAAUGAGGGGAAGGAAACCAAAAUGGUGGAUGAGAACUGGAGUUGAGGGCAUGGAGUUAAGGGAUCCAGGAGUGGGUCCCUUAACUUAUCUGAUUCUCUGUGCUCCAUCAAAUGGUACUCCUCCAUUACCGGUGGUAUGCGGAGGGGCGGGGUCCCCUCUGGCCUGGCCCUGUCCCCAGCAGCUUCUAGGGCAGGAGGGAAAAAGGCCUUUCUGAUUUGAGGGACCUAUACACACAUAUACCAGAUUGUUUUUUCCUUUUUUAAAAACUAGAAACAAAAAACCCAGAGUUUUCUAUCAGUUGUGAAUGUGCUGGGUUUUCAUUUACAUUAAUUCCUCUCUUGGAUUUGCUGUCUCCAGAGAGAUAUUGUUAUGUCCUAUAUAACUUCUCUUCUCCAAACCCAGUAACACUGACUUAGUAAUGAAUGCCCCCCCAAGUGGGCAAAGGGAGGGGGACGCUCGAGCCCCAUCCAGCGGCGCCCCUGCCUCAGGCCUGAGAGCCAGGCCCAGGAGGCCAAGGGGGAAGAGAACAACCAGGU